AUGGGUUUCUGUGGUUCGAGCCGCCUGUCAGCGGCGCUCCGUCACGGCCGCGAGCGGUCCAACGCAGAAUGCUCCUGGAUGGUGCUGGCCGGCCGCCUGGCCGCGGCAGAAAACUCAGUUGAGGUUUAUGGCCCUGGAUGGGAGAGCCAGCUUCCUGUUUAUGGUAAAGUCACCCUGGGGGUGCACCCACAAUCUUCCUCCUACCUGGAAGCCUCCGGAAAGGACUCUACGCCCAGGAGCAGCCCCCGUGCUGAGAGACAUGGGUGCCAUGUUCCCGGCAGCCCUGCAAAGAAGUCCGUGCAGCAGGAGCCCGACCGCUCAGGCCGGCAGCCCUGUGGAGAAGGUGGGACCCGGAACGGGGAGGACUUCUGGUCUCAGGGUCGGCGGGGGCUGCAGGGGGGUGUGCUGGAGCGCGGGGUUUGCCCGUGGAGAGAGCACACGGCCCGUCUCCAGGGUCCCCGCAGAGGGGAAGGUGGUGGGGCUGGGGGCUCCGAAAAGCUCAGCAUCCUCCGAGGCUGCCCGGGGCUGCCCGGGGCCGCGGCGCCCAAGGGAGACGCAGGGGUCAACGGAGAGAGAGGAGCACCUGGUUCCCCUGGAGUCCCUGGGAAGGCAGGACCAACGGGACCCAAACGAGACCGCGGGGAGAAAGGGGAGCUCGGCUCGCGAGGAGAGCCUGCGCAUCAGUCCUGUGACGCAGCGCCUCGGACGCUUAGGGAGCUGCUCACGAGGGGGCACUUUCUGAGCGGCGGGAACACCGUCUACCUGCCCGACUGCCGGCCCCUGCGCGUGCUGUGUGACGUGGACACAGACGGCGGGGGCUGGACCGUUUUCCAGCAAAGGAGCGACGGCUCCGUGGAUUUCUUUCGAGACUGGGCCGUGUACAAGAAGGGCUUCGGCAGUCCUGGGGAGUUCUAGCUGGGGAAUGACAACAUCCACGCCCUCACCGCCCAGGGAACCAACGAGCUCCGUGUAGACCUCGUGGACGUCGAGGGUAACCGCCGAUUUGCCAAGUACAGCUCAUUCCAGAUGGCGGGCGAGGCCGAGAAGUACAGGCUGGUCCCGGGAACCUUCGCUGGGGGCGGCGCGGCUGAGGGACUCCCUGUCAAACCCAACAACCUCGCCUUCUCCACCAAGGACCAGGACAACGACUCAAGUCUAGAAAACCGUGCUGAGCGCUGCGAGGGGGCCUGGUGCUAUUCACGGUGUCACCUGUCAAACCGCAUCGGUCUCUACCUCCGGGGGGCUCACAAGACCUUUGCAAACGGCAGGAACCGGAAGUCGGGGAAAGGCUGCAUCUACAAGGUGUCAGAGAUGAAGGUGCGGCCCGUCUAG